AAGGUCUGCCUCUUGAGCAAACUCAAAGAAGAUGUCUUAUGGUUCCAUCGACGGGAGUGGGUUCGGAAGCCGGAGCACCUUCGGGGGGCCGUCCCGGCAAGGAUACCAACCUCUAGCCACACAGAUUGAUCCAAAUGAAGUCCAGGAGCUCUUCCAGGAAACGUCGGCGAGUGUCUUCCGAAUCAAUGCUAAUGGUGCGUAUGUCGAUUGCACUGGGCACACAUCUCAGCAAGAGACUAACAGGACCAUCAAUACAUGCACCAGUGCUAUCCGGCAGCUCUCUGAGAUCAUUCGAGGUUCUUCUAGGCAAGAACGGCUUCAGCUGGACCGGCUGAAGAACCAGCUGUCUGAUGCCAUUCAGCGAUACGGCACAAUUCAAAAGAAAAUUGCAGAGGCAUCCAAAGCUUUACUUCCUAAGGGGCAAAGACCUAGGAAAACCAGUCCCAAGACCCCUUUCUCCAACCUGGCUGACGAUGAAAAGAUCUUUAAUGGAGGCGAUAGCAUGUGGCAAGAGCAGAACCAGGAGCACGCCUUGCUCUCCGAAAUCACGGAAGAGGACGUGGAGGCCAUCCGCCAGAGGGAAGAAGCCAUACAGAAGAUUGAGAGUGACAUGUUGGAUGUUAACCAAAUCAUUAAGGAUCUGGCCUCCAUGGUAUAUGAGCAGGGAGACACAAUAGAUAGCAUUGAAGCCAACCUCGAGACGGCGUCUUCUAAUGUGGAAUCUGCCAACGAGCAAUUGGCAAAGGCCAGCCAGCACCAACGGCGAUCCAGAAGAUAAAGUGCUGUUUCAUCUCACGGGCUUGGCGGUUCUUCUGAUUAUUGUCAUAAUCAUCACAGUCUCUGUCAAGCGUUGAGCCUGCUGAAGUUUUCACAGAGCACCUGAUCGUAUCCAGUGGGACAGAAGCCAAAGACGUUCCACAUUCAGGCCAUGCAUCAAUGUCAACUUUGCGAAAUAUAUUACAUUUAAAGUGCUGUAGCCAAUAAACACUGCAAUUAUAAGAAUGGAAAACAUAA